CAUGUACCCGUCCAAUGUUCCCUGUUUGUGGUACCAUACUCGAAUCUCGCGUUCUGGACGAAGAUUCGUUUGACAAAGGCUUCGUUGGCAUGUGGGGCGCAAUCGCCCGGACCAUCAUCGGCCGCCGUCACCAAGCCCCAGCAACUCAUGCUCGUGAGGCGGCCCGUGCUUGGCACGCCGUUGGGCCUCGCAAGGAUUCUUUUUACCGAGACCGACGCCUUCGUCACCACCGAACGCAGAUUCCCGUCUCGGCAUUGCACGAGCGGGGAUUCGGCCAAUCACGCCGAGAUUCCCAUUUUCAGCCAAUCGCGCAACGGAGACUGCGCCUGCCACGAUCUUUGGACCAAUUGCGGAGCCUGUUGAAGGCUCGUGCAUCUAGCCACCGCCAGCUGGCCAAGCCCGCUUUCGCCGCCUGGCGCUGUCAGCAACGACAGUAUCGACUGCAACCGACCCACACUCUCCGGAGGCAACUGCUGCUACCUAUUUGCACCGGAGCGGGCGUUGCCCUCAGUCUGCAAUUGUCGAAGCUGCGGCAAGUACUUCCAUUGACUAGCAUCCAGCGAUCCAAGCCAAGCAUGGCCCCCGCUCAGACCCAGAGCUUGCCCACGUGGGCUUCCAUUCCGGCACUGCCCAGUGUGACAAAGCCUGGUGCCUCCGCCGCUUUCGACGACGAAGACCCGUUGUAUCUAUCAGGCGAGGAAACCGACUGCGACUCGGAGCGCGGUAGCGACACACUGAGCCGCGAAGAUCAGCAGCUCAUGGCCAGCUUCAUCCGUCUGCAGAAAGAGAAGCGCGCACACAAGCAGGUUUACCACCAGGCGACGCGUCCUGCUGUCUCGCGCACUACGCCGAUGCUGAUCCCCACCCAGACGCGCAAGUACGUUGCUACAUCUACCAAGAGGUGGCUCUGGGACGAAGACGACGAGGAAGACGACUGCGACCAGUGCCCGUGCUGUAAUCACCAGAGCGUCGAGCGCCGGUCCGCCACCUCUCCUGUCGUCGCCGAGGCUACAGAUGCCUCUGCGAUCAGCGAUCUCAUGUUCGAUCUCGAGCUCUAGGCUCCUCCCCCGAUAGUUUUAUUAUGAUAUGUAGCGCUCAUCUACUAUAAAAAGAGAAGUCCUGUGCAAGUACAAGUAGAAGUAAUAAGCAGAAUGAAUGCCAACACGACACUGUACCAACAAACUACAA